AUGACUUCCAUGGACAAGGUGUUCAGCGCCUACGCUGCACGAAAUGCUUCCCUCGAGUCGAGCAGCAAUCCUUUCGCCAAGGGUAUUGCCUGGGUUGAGGGCCAGCUAGUCCCUUUUGACCAGGCACGCAUUCCACUGAGAGAUCAAGGAUUCAUGCAUGGAGACCUCACUUAUGACGUGCCUUCAAUCUGGGACGGGCGCUUCUUCCGUCUUGAUGACCACCUUGCUCGCCUCGACGCUAGCUGUCAUAAAAUGCGGAUGCAGUUACCUCUCCCAAAGGAGGAUAUCAAAUCUACUCUUGAGGAAAUGGUCGCCAAAAGUGGAAUCAAGGAUGCAUUCGUCGAGUUGAUAGUAACUCGGGGUCUUGUCGGUGUUCGUGGAUCUAAGGCCGAGGAUAUUACGAAGCAGAAUCUCUACAUCGCUAUCAUCGCUCGUACUGUGCGGAGAACUCCGGUUGGCAGUUUCGAUCCGACCAUCAAGAACCUCCAAUGGGGCGAUUUAACCCGUGGACUGUUCGAGGCCUCGGACCGUGGUGCAGACUACCCCUUCCUCACAGAUGGAGAUGGAAACCUGACCGAAGGUUCUGGCUUCAACAUCGUUCUCGUCAAGAACGGAAUUUUGUACACUCCCCAACGCGGAGUUCUCGAGGGGGUGACACGAAAGAGUGUGAUCGAUGUUGCAAGAGCCAACGGCAUCGAGGUUCGUGUUGAAUUCGUGCCUACUGAGUCUGUAUAUCAAUGCGAUGAGUUGUUCAUGUGUACGACUGCUGGUGGGAUUAUGCCGAUCACUUCUCUGGACGGCAAGCCGGUUGGAAACGGCCAACUUGGCCCUCUGACCAAGCGCAUCUGGGAUGGAUACUGGGCGAUGCACUAUGAUCCAGCUUAUAGCUACGCCUUGACCUAUACAGACAGCAGCAGAGCACAGAGACUAUAG